AUGAAGAAUUGGUCACUGGGAAUCUCUAUCUCUGUCGUGGUUCUUACAUUGGUCUUCGUCAUCCGUUAUGAACAACCUGAUCACAAACUUCCAAGAAAUCACACUGUGGAUGAUGUUAGUAAAGAAGAAGAGAGUGUUCACGAACCAGCAAAGAAGCCACAUUUCAUCACUUUGGAAGAUCUUGAUUAUCUCUUUUUAAACGAGAGCCUUUACGGAGAAGAAGGAUUGCUUGUAUGGUCUCAUAUGCGUCCAUUUCUCGAAAGGCCAGAUGCUUUGCCAGAAACUGCUCAGGGGAUCGAAGAAGCUACAUUGGCUAUGAAAGAUUUGGUUUUUCUGAUCAACAAAGAGAAAAGAGCGUCUUCUUCUUCUGCUGCUAUGGUCUCUAAAGAAAGUAGAAGAAACUGUCCGGAUUUUGUCACUGCCAUUGAUGGGGAUUUGUCUGGUUUAAGGCCUCUACUUGAGCUUCCCUGUGGUUUAACUGAAGAUUCUUCAAUAACUUUGGUUGGUGUUCCUGAUGAAGAACAUUCAAGAAGCUUCCAGAUUCAGCUCGUUGGCUCAAGACUAUCUGGAGAAAGUUAUCAUCCAAUCAUUUUGAGUUAUGUUGUGAAUUUUUCUGAGCCAUCCAUAGUGCAAAACACAUGGACAGAGAAGCUCGGGUGGGGUAGCGAAACGAGAUGUCCAUGUCAUGGAUCAGUUAGGAAUCAAAUAGUUGAUGAACUUCCUCUCUGCAACCGACGGACCAGUAGAAUUGCUUUGGAGGAGAGUCCCAACGGUGAUGCAACGAUGGAAUUGUCUCUUGAAAAUGCUAAUUUUCCAUUUAUUAAAGGGAGUCCUUUCACUGCCACGCUCUGGUUUGGCUUAGAAGGCUUUCACAUGACGGUAGAUGGGCGGCAUGAGACUUCAUUUGCUUACAGAGAGAAGCUCGAGCCGUGGUUGGUGAGUGCGGUCAAAGUCUCAGGUGGUCUGAAACUGUUAUCUGCCUCAGCCACAAGACUGCCUGUUCCCGAUGACCAUGCUUCUGUAGCCGUAGAAGAGCAGCUUACAGCUCCAUCUCUUUCCGGAGUUACAAAGAUAGCAUUGUUGGUGGGUGUUUUCUCCACUGGAAACAAUUUCAAGCGACGCAUGGCGUUGAGAAGAUCUUGGAUGCAGUAUGAGGCAGUAAGAUCUGGCAAAGUCGCUGUUCGGUUUCUCAUUGGCCUUCACACGAAUGAGAAAGUCAAUUUAGAGAUGUGGAGAGAAGCUAAAGCUUAUGGAGAUAUUCAGUUUAUGCCAUUCGUUGACUAUUACGGUUUACUUAGCCUGAAAACGGUUGCGCUCUGCAUCCUCGGGACGAAAGUCAUCCCAGCGAAAUACAUAAUGAAGACGGAUGAUGAUGCGUUUGUUCGGAUCGAUGAACUGCUAUCGAGUCUACAAGAGAAGCCGUCUAGUGCCCUUUUGUACGGUUUGAUAUCAUUUGAAUCAUCGCCAGACCGUGAACAAGGCAGCAAAUGGUACAUCAGUAAAGAGGAAUGGCCUCUAGAUUCGUAUCCUCCUUGGGCACAUGGCCCUGGCUACAUCAUCUCUCAGGACAUUGCGAAAUUUGUGGUGAAGGGUCAUCGUCAAAGAGAUCUUAUACUUUUCAAGCUGGAAGAUGUGGCAAUGGGGAUAUGGAUUCAACGAUACAAUCAGACAGUAAAAAGAGUAAAGUACAUCAAUGACAGAAGAUUUCAUAACAGUGGCUGUCUAUCAGAUUACAUUCUUGUUCAUUACCAAACUCCUCGGCUUGUGUUGUGUCUGUGGGAGAAGCUGCAAAAGGAGAGCCAAUCUGUUUGCUGCGAAUAG